AUGCAUUACAUUGAUAAGGGAAGGGAAAAAAAUGCAAUCUUCAGAAAUUACGAAAUCAAAUUACACCCAUUACCAGCACGCCGAAUCACACCACACCCUGUCAAACCGUGCCAAACCGCACCCAACCUCACACCACCCCCGUUACCACCACAGGGUGCAGAAGCGGACGACUGGGAGAUAGACCCGUCGGAGCUGGACUUCAGCAAAUCGAAGCUCAUAGGCAAGGGUGCGUUCGGUGAGAUCAGGCGGGUCAUGUGGAGAGGCACUCCAGUGGCCGCCAAGACAAUCCUGCCGGCUCUAUCAGACGACGUGCAGAUCACAAAAGAGUUCCGGGACGAAAUGUUUCUGCUGCCCAAGCUGCGGCAUCCCAACAUUGUGCAGUUCCUGGGGUGCGUCACCCGCCGCCCGCCCCUGUGCCUUGUCACCGAGUACCUCCCUGGGGGCGACCUACACGACGUGCUCAAGGCCAAGGGCGCCCUGCCGCCCAGAAUAGCGGUGGGAUACGGACUGGACAUCGCCAGGGGAAUGAACUACCUGCACAACCACAAGCCAGAGUCCAUCAUUCACAGAGACCUCAAACCACGAAACCUCAUUCGGGACGAGGGUGAUCACCUAAAGGUGGCGGACUUUGGUUUGAGCAAGCUGGUGAAGGUGAAUGCGCUGCAUGAGAUGUACAAGAUGACCGGAGAGACCGGCAGCUACCGCUACAUGGCGCCAGAGGUGUUCAAGCACCAGGCUUAUGACCGCACUGUCGACGUCUACUCCUUCUCUGUCAUCUUCUACGAGAUGUUUGAGGGCCUACCGCCCUUUGCAAAGACCAUGACGCCAGAGGGAGUGGCAUGGAAGGUGGCAAUGGAGGGCAUCAGGCCGCCCUUCAAAUCCAAGUCGUACCCGGAAGGAGUAAAAGAUUUGAUAUCCCGGUGUUGGGCGGCGGACCCCAUGGCUCGCCCGUCCUUCAUGGAAGUGAUUGAGGUGCUCGAGGGGGUGGAGAGGGCGCUCCUGGUGCCAAGGUUGCCAAGGCUGCCAAGGUGGCCAUGGGCGCCAAGGGAGUCGAGAGGGUGGCCCUGCUUUCCCACAUCUCUGCCUCCCCCUAUCCACUCAGUCUCCACUGUUUCUCCCUUUCCCAUCUCCCACACUCUCAGUUUGAUAUCCCGGUGUUGGGCGGCGGACCCCAUGGCUCGCCCGUCCUUCAUGGAAGUGAUUGAGGUGCUCGAGGGGGUCGAGAAGGCACUCUUGCUGCAGGCGCAGGCAAACAAACCCGCCCUCUCUCCCUUCUCAGCUUAA